AUGUUGAUAUCAUGGCGGGCCACACAGUAUGUACUCCCAACACUGCAGACUUGGAGCAAACAAUCCCACGGUUGGAUUCUAACAGCCAUUUUCGUUUCAAAGGAACAGGAGAAAUACGAUGUUUCCAUCAACACAGACUUGAAUGAACUCAGCGAUAACAAUGAAUCGAACCCCAAACUCGACCGCAUAGCCCCAGGACCGCCCAAAGAUAGCUCCGCCUCGUGGAUCCACGCUCUACUAGCCUUCCUCGUCGUCUUCUCCACCCAAGGAUACUUCAAUUCAUUCGGCACCUACCAAGCAGUAUAUACGACGCAGCUACCUGAUGUCCCCGCUACACAAAUAUCCUGGAUUGGCUCGAUCCAAGUAUGCCUCGUCAACUUCCUCGGCGUGCUCGCUGGCCACCUGGCUGAUGCAGGCCACUUCCGCGCCAUUUUCGUCACCGGCAUGAUCUUCCAGCUCGUGGGACUCUUCACGGCGAGCUUCGCAGUCACAUUCUGGCAAAUCUUCAUAUCGCACGGUCUCUGUGUGGGCAUCGGUGCCGGUCUCAUCUUCGCUCCUACCAUCGCUGUUCUCUCCUCGUACUUCGAGCGGCACGGUUCCUUCGCUAUCGCACUGGCGACAUGCGGUGGUGCCUCUGGUGGCACCGUCUUCCCAGCCCUCCUGCGUGAACUCAUUCCUCUUCUGGGCCUCUCUUGGUCAAUUCGCGUCGCUGGGUUCAUCGUGGCGACAUUCUUGACCAUCGCAUUCGCCUUCCUUCGACCGAUCCAAAACUCCCAGAAGAAAGUCAAGGCAUUCCCAUUCCGCUCUCUGAAAGACUUGCACUACAUUCUCUUCGCUAUCUCCGCUUUUCUUGCAUUCUGGCCUAUUUACUUCGGCUUUUACUACAUCUCCCAGUACGCAAAGGACUUUCUCCACUUUAACUCCGACCAAACUUUCAAUCUGGUCAUAAUUAUGAACGCAGCCGGCAUCCCAGCCCGCGUAAUCGCGUCCCUCCUCGCCGAUCGCUUCGGUAUCGUGAAGGAAAUCUUCAUGGGCGGACUCGCGCUCGCAGCCGUAAUCUUCUACUGCUGGUCCCGAGUUCUCACACACGACGGUCUCUACGCACUGUGCACGGCAUUUGGUCUUGUCGUCGGCACUCUCCAAACACUUUUCCUUGCUGUUUCUUCAUCUCUUGCAAAAGACGAGAACACAAAGGGCGUUCGCAUUGGUGUUCUAUGCACCGUCACCUCUUUCUCUUCGUUGACGGGUGCCCCGCUCGGUGGGGCUAUUAUCCACCUUGACCACGAGAAGUAUACGCCUGCUGUUAUGUGGGCUGGUACUUCAAUACUGGUGGCUUUCUCGGUUUUGAUUGGUGGUAAGGUUCAUGAGCAUAUCCUUGCCAAGCGAUGUAAUUAG